UCCGGCGCCAUUUUGUCGCGGCAAACAUUGUAGCGGCGGUUGCUGGGAGAAGACCGAGAGAGCGGUAGCUGAGAGAGAGCCUGCGAAGUGGCGACGACUCCGAAAGGAGCCAUGCGGUAUUCCAAACGAACAGACUAUUCUGAUUGGGAUGAAAAACAAUGUUGGGAUCCCAAAAAAGGCAGCAGCCAUCAUAAGAGAAAAAGACCAUCCUACAGCAGUGCACAUGAGAGCAAGCGCUGUAAAUAUAAUCACACCCAAACUUACGAUAGCCUUUAUUCAGAUGCCAGCUCCUUACAUGAAAGAGAUCACCAUGAACGAUGCUAUGUAGAAGAAUACAGAAACAACUAUAGUCAACUGUCUGAAACCAGGCACCAUUGCAGAGACAAUGAAAAUGGUUAUCACAAUCACAGUAGCAAGUCAUCGGGUCAUAGCGGCAGAAGCAGCUACAAAAGAAAACACAAGACUCAUCAUAGUAAAUCACAUCAUUCACACACGAGGAAUCACCGAAGGAAAAGAUCGAGGAGUGUAGAGGAUGAUGAGGAGGGUCACCUGAUCUGUCAGAGUGGAGACGUACUAAGUGCAAGAUAUGAAAUUGUCAGUACUCUUGGUGAAGGUGCUUUUGGAAAAGUUGUGGAAUGCAUUGAUCACAAAGCAGGCGGUAGACAUGUAGCUGUAAAAAUAGUAAAAAAUGUUGAUAGAUACUCAGAAGCAGCUCGUUCAGAAAUACAAGUGUUGGAGCACUUAAACACAUCAGAUCCAAAUAGCACAUUUCGCUGUGUCCAGAUGUUGGAAUGGUUUGAACACCAUGGCCAUGUUUGCAUUGUGUUUGAACUGCUGGGACUUAGUACCUAUGACUUUAUUAAAGAAAACAGUUUCCUGCCAUUCAGACUUGACCACAUCAGACGAAUGGCAUACCAGAUUUGCAAAUCUGUAAACUUUUUGCAUUUAAACCAACUAACUCAUACAGAUCUGAAGCCUGAAAACAUACUAUUUGUGAAGUCUGAAUACACAGAAGAAUAUAAUCCCAAACUGAAACGUGAUGAGCGCACCCUGAAAAAUCCAGAUAUCAAAGUGGUUGAUUUUGGAAGUGCAACAUAUGACUAUGAACAUCACAGUACUCUUGUUUCUACAAGGCAUUACAGAGCUCCUGAAGUUAUUUUGGCCUUGGGAUGGUCACAACCAUGUGAUGUCUGGAGUAUUGGCUGUAUUCUCAUUGAAUAUUAUCUUGGAUUCACAGUAUUUCCGACACAUGACAGUAAAGAGCACCUGGCAAUGAUGGAAAAGUUACUGGGGCCAUUACCAAUUCACAUGGUCCAGAAAACGAGAAAACGCAAGUACUUCCACCAUGACCAGUUGGAUUGGGAUGAACAGAGUUCUGCCGGCAGAUAUGUUUCAAGGCGUUGUAAGCCACUGAAGGAAUUCAUGCAAUGCCAUGAUUCUGACCAUGUACACCUAUUCGAUCUCAUACAGAAAAUGUUGGAGUACGACCCUGCCAAACGAAUUACGCUUACAGAAGCCUUGGAGCAUCCCUUCUUUUCCUCGUUAAAGGAGAAGUUUUAAAUAACUAUAGUUCUCUGUGUUAUUAAAGACUGUGUCAGUCAAAAAAACAAAUGAGUUUUCAUAAAUAUUUAUUUUGUAAUUAGCUUUGUAAAUUUCUUUUCAUAUUGUCUUGUUCAAUUAAUAGCUCUUGAAAUAAAAAAGUUUGUGAGUA